UAUAGAAGAUUGGGGCGAAUAUUCACGUGACAAUUGUUCUUAACAUGAUCAGUUAAUUUACCAGCCCCUUUACAGAGAAGCACUGCGCAAUUUCGGUCGUUGUUUGCGACGAGUAGACUCUCUUGAACUGUAUUUAUCGGACUUGUCACACUUAAACAAUGGCUGAACCUAAGAAACUCUCAUUUGUUGAAAACUUUGUUUUGAGUGGAGCUGCAGCAGUUAUAUCUAAAACAGGUGCUGCCCCUAUUGAGAGAAUAAAACUCCUUAUUCAAAAUCAAGAUGAGAUGAUUAAACAAGGAAAGCUUACUGAACCAUACAAAGGGGUUGUUGACUGCACUGUAAAAACAUUCCGAAAUGAAGGUUUAUUUCCUUUCUGGAGAGGAAAUGUUGCUAACUGUAUUCGUUACUUUCCUACUCAGGCUUUAAAUUUUGCAUUCAAAGAUAAAAUUAAAGCUAUGUUUAAGCAAAAUAAAGCUGAUGGUUAUGCAAUCAAUUUUGCAAAAAAUAUUGCAUCUGGAGGUGUUGCUGGUGCUCUUUCUUUGUGCUUUGUAUACUCUCUUGACUUUGCUCGAACCAAGUUAGCUAAUGAUACAAAAUCGUCAAAAAAAGGUGGUCAACGAGAAUACAAAGGGCUUGUUGAUGUAUAUAUUAAGACACUCAAAUCUGAUGGAAUUGUUGGAUUAUAUAGAGGAUUUGUUAUUUCCUGUGUUGGUAUCAUAGUAUACAGAGGAUGCUACUUUGGUUUCUAUGACACCUUAAAACCUCUUUUAAUGGGUGACAACAAUUCAUUUAUCCUAUCAUUUGGUUUAGGUUAUGGUGUUACUGUUACAUCUGGAUUGAUUUCAUAUCCUAUUGAUACAAUUAGAAGACGUAUGAUGAUGACAUCUGGUCAGGCUGUUAAAUAUAAAGGAUCCAUUGAUUGUACCACACAAAUUCUUAAAAAUGAAGGAUUCAUGUCCUUGAUGAAAGGUGCUGGUGCUAAUAUUCUUCGUGGUAUUGCAGGCGCUGGUGUUCUGUCCGGAUUUGAUUUUGUUCAAGCAAAAUAUCUUGGAUAUCAAUUUUCUGCCUCAGAAUAAGAAAUAGCGUCUAGGAUUUGACUAAAUUUUUUUAAUAAAUUAAACGAAUGUGAAGGUUUUAUAUCUAUUAAUUUUACAUCAAGUUAUUAGCUAGAGUUGAAACUUACAACAGUCUCUGUUGUUUUUAGAUAUGUAAAUUAUUUUUUAAGAUCUGCUUGACAUUUUUCGUCGCUUGUUAAAUGCA